AUGUACGGGGCGGCUGGGCCCCCGGCGCGGAGUGCCUCGGCUCCUGUGGUCCGCUCGUUGCGGCGGCCGCCACCGCAGGCAUCGGGGGUGUCUUUUAUGAAUAAUCAAAAGCAGCAAAAGCCAACGCUAUCAGGCCAGCGUUUUAAAACUAGAAAAAGAGAUGAAAAAGAGAGGUUUGACCCUACUCAGUUUCAAGACUGUAUUAUUCAAGGCUUAACUGAAACUGGUACUGAUUUGGAAGCAGUAGCUAAGUUUCUUGAUGCUUCUGGAGCAAAACUUGAUUACCGCCGAUAUGCAGAGACACUCUUUGACAUUCUGGUGGCCGGUGGAAUGCUGGCCCCAGGUGGUACACUGGCAGAUGACAUGAUGCGCACAGAUGUCUGUGUGUUUGCAGCACAAGAAGACCUGGAGACCAUGCAAGCAUUUGCUCAGGUUUUUAACAAGUUAAUCAGGCGCUACAAAUACCUGGAGAAAGGUUUUGAAGAUGAAGUUAAAAAGCUGCUGCUGUUCUUAAAGGGUUUUUCUGAGUCUGAGAGAAACAAGCUGGCUAUGUUGACUGGUGUUCUUCUGGCUAAUGGAACACUUAAUGCAUCCAUUCUUAAUAGCCUUUAUAAUGAGAAUUUGGUUAAAGAAGGGGUUUCAGCAGCUUUUGCUGUAAAACUUUUUAAAUCAUGGAUAAAUGAAAAAGAUAUCAACGCAGUAGCUGCAAGUCUUCGGAAAAUAGUCUGGUCAAGUGUAAUGAGCACUGUGGAAUGGAACAAAAAAGAGGAGCUUGUAGCAGAGCAAGCCAUCAAGCACUUGAAGCAAUACAGCCCUCUACUUGCUGCCUUCACUACUCAAGGUCAAUCUGAGCUGACUCUGUUACUGAAGAUUCAAGAGUAUUGCUAUGACAACAUCCAUUUCAUGAAAGCCUUCCAGAAAAUAGUGGUGCUUUUUUAUAAAGCUGAGGUCCUGAGUGAAGAGCCCAUUCUGAAAUGGUAUAAAGAUGCACACGUUGCAAAAGGGAAAAGUGUCUUCCUUGAGCAAAUGAAAAAGUUUGUAGAGUGGCUCAAAAAUGCCGAAGAAGAAUCUGAGUCUGAAGCUGAAGAAGGUGACUGA